UCGAUUUUUUCUUGAAUGGAGAAAGAUGCUAUUACGAGAACAUACAGACAUUAAAAUAAUAUGAUUUUAACUAUUUUAGAAGUUUUCCUCUGGAGCUCGCCGGUCUCAAUGCGCAGGCGCAGAGACCUCUCGCUGAUAGGCCCUUCCCGGCUGCAUCUGGGAAGACCCGGAUGUGUUGGGUCUGUCCGCCCAUGAUAAGAAAGCGGUCUUUUUUUGCUUGUAUCGCUUGCUUCCUGACUUGCGAUUGUCUUCGGCUCUGCACACGUUGGCCUAACAAUCAACCCCCGUAAAUCCCGAAGGAUUCAUUUUGGAGUCUCACCUGCAGAGGGUUACGUUGCGCUGAAACCAGUUAAACUUUCCCAAUAACCAUCAGCCUAGUCCUCUGCAUGGUUACUUGGAAGUAAGUUCAAUGGGGCUUUUGUCCAAGUGAAGUCAAUUCAGAGUUGAAAGCUUUGCAUAUUUAUUAUUAUAUAGUAGUGUAGGAUUUUGGCGUGAAGCAGUAAUUUAGAGGUACUGCGGCCUUAAUAUAUCGAGAGAAAAUAACUACCUGUAUUUUGAAUGGUUUCCUGCUUUAUUUUUUACUAUUGUUUCUCAUCAUUCAACACUUAAAUUCCCAAAGCUAUUCUAGGAGGAAUGGGACUCCAUUCGGAUGGCCAGACUAGCAAAGCCAGUGAAUAAAUAAUGGAAAACAAAGCAUUUGUAUCAGUGGCGGUCAUUUGGCAGCGGUGCAGAGAGCGAGACUCAAGACUUUGAAAAAGACAGCUAUGAAGUCAGAAGACAGCAAGCCAUUCUUGCAUGUGACUGGAGGCCUGCUGCUUUGCAUACUAGCGGUGGCUUCAGGAAUUUUUGAUGGCGCUCACACAGAUACUGGCUACGAGCAUUACGCUGAACCAGUGGUGCCUGGAAUGCCAGCUUUCCUUGCUAUGCCAGCGAAUUGCUUAAUCAAUUUGGCUUACGUACUUCUGGGUUGGUACUGGUGGCCAUCAGGUGACAAGGGUAGGCAGACUUACUUUCAAGAGGUCUUUGCCCUCAUGGCACUUUUAUAUGGGCCUACACAAUGGGUCCGGCUGUGGACACAGCAUCAUUGGGCCGCUGUGUUAGAUCAGUUGUUAACACUACCAAUUUUUGCUUGGGUCAUUAUUUGGUGCCUUUUUCUUGAAAAUGGGUGGGAACCAUAUGUUUUUCUAGCCAUAGAAGUGACUUCACUGACUAGUUAUGCCCUGGCAUUGCUUCACACACAAGGUUUUGAGUUGGCAUUGAGUGGACAUAUAAUUGCUGUUCUUUGGAGAAUACUGAAAGUGCAAAAACAUUUUGGCGAUGCCAGUUCCAUCUGGAUUAUAGUUCUAGGGAUGAUGUGUUGCUUUGGUUUUGUAAGCCUCAAGGUGUGGGAUCGGGAACUGGCCCAGUGGGCAUUCUUCUCUCGACUCACUGGCCAUUUUUGGUCCAAGGUAUGCGAUGUGCUGCAGUUCCACUGUGCUUUUCUCUUCCUUACCUUAAUGAGCAGAUACCGGCUAAGCUCAGUGAAAUAAUCUAUAACUUCAAUGAACAGUCUGAAUCAAAGGAGAAACAGUACGAGAACAUACUGUUAUGCACUGUUAUGCAGUGAUGGGCUGCUGCGUGGUCACACGGGUUCGGAUGAACUUGUGAUCAUUGGCUGGGCCCGCCCACCUCUCCCUGCGCUAUCCUUUCCAUAUAUAACUUUCUGGCUUGUUCCCCCACGCCCACACUGCCCAGCUGAGUUCUGCACUGCCCCUGCUGUACUCACUGGAGCUGCCUGAGUAGAUUAACUGCAUGUUUGAAGAUCCAUUUCAGUCCCAAAGGGGUGCAAGCAAGUGCUCACAACCAGCAAACCGGUUGGUAACUUAAGUGCAGCCCACCUCUGCUGUAACGUGGUUUGAAAGGGG